AAACAUUUUGGAUGACAUAACGUCAAAUCAGGGAGAAAUUAAUUUUGUCAAAACGUUCGUAAACUUAAUACAAUAUACACUUUUUAAAGGUUUAAUAUUAUUAUAAACACUUAUAUAGAUGAUGGGAAGUUUUUCAUCACCGGUGCCGUUAUCGGACAUUGAAUCCGUCCUCGCUUGGGUUGACACAUACAAACUGUCUAGACAAACGAAGAAAAUAUCAAGGGACUUCUCUGAUGCUGUGCUUCUCGCGGAAAUAUUAGGCGUACAUUAUCCGAAGCUGGUUGAAAUGCACAACUACCCACCACGGAACAGCCAGGCGCUUAAACUAAACAACUGGAUGACUUUAAAUAGAAAAGUCUUGAAGAAAUUAAAGUUAACCCUUUGUACUUCGACAAUGGAGCAACUGGCUAAUAACACACCUGGGGUUAUCGAGAAAGUGCUUCUAAUGGUUCGUGAUAAAAUUCGACGCGAUGAUGAGGCACAUAGAAGCUUGAAGGACUCUGAACAGAACCUCUCCAGUGGCGGCAGCUAUUACGAGGCGUGCGGUGAUGACGAGAAUGUUCUGGUUGUACCACUGAAGACGAGGGUUAAUGGAUAUCUCGAGACUAUACAACAGAAGGUCGUCAGUCACGCGUCUUAUCUCACGCAGAAACAGGAGCUGAAAGAUUCUAAAGAGGUCAUAGAAGUUCUCAAACAAAAGGUCGAUCAUCUCGACAGUUUAGUGAAACUGAAGAACGAGAGAAUAGAAGAUCUCCAAAGACAACUAGAAAGGAAACAAACAAGACGCAAAGAAGUCGAAACUCUCCAGAAUAGUUUACAAGUACCUUAUGAUAUUUCAGCGCCUCCGUCACCGAAGGAGAAUGAAGUUAUCGCAUUCCCAGUGAAAGUAUCUUGUACAAAAAUUGUAGACACAAAAAAUUAUAGACUGGACGAAUCUAAAAUACCGAUAUCUAAAGAACUCGCGAAAUCAACCUCGAGAUUAUGUACAGUUAGUGUUGAUGAUAUUUCUGAAUCAAAUUUACGGAUUGAUAAAAUUAAAUUGGACGAUUACAAUGAGAUAGAAAUAAUAGAAAUGACAGGAAAGGAUUUACAAGAUGUUGAUGAAUUUAAAGAUAGUGUUGGUGAAAUUAUUCUAGGGGCGGAAGUGAAAGACACUAACGAAUAUAUGUGAUAUUAAAUGUGUAAAUGAUUUUCUUUUACUGCACUCAGAGUAGUUUAAAUGAACAGUUAGUGCAGUGUUUAAAUAUUGGACUGUUAGUAACAACCUCUCUGAGUGCGACAGUUGUCAUUAAUGAUAGAUGUUUGUAAGGAAAAUAUGGUUAGAUUAUUGGGAAAUUUUAGUUGAUAAAUUAUGGGAUUUAAAAACUUAGUCCAUGAAUUAAUAUUUCAAAUUAAGAUAUUACGAUGAUUG